AUGGCGCCACACAGCUCUGCCGGCCCUCUUGGCACCCGCCCAAACCUUCUUUCCAACCCGUCCGACCACUCGCGCACCCGCUCUAAUGGCGCGUCCGGCGAAGCGUCCAAGUGGCCUCAGUGGAAUCCGCGCUGGGGCCAGGACCUCGUCUCCGUGCAGCUGGGAUUCCUCCCACUCCUCCUCCGCCGUAGCGGUGCUCACCUCGUCCACCAGCUGGUCGAGGUGUGUUGCGUCUUGAGACUGAAGGGAAGCCGCUAAAACCGUCAGUCCAAGGAGACAGAAAAGCACCACCGGAAAUUGCAUGUUGUGCUAUGCAUGAACAAUGCUCGCGGACGUUUAUAUAUUGAGGCAGAGGACUGAGACUACCGUCAGUGAUCGCAUCUACGGGGGCGUAGGCUGCCAUGAAGUAGAGAGGCGUUUGUUUACUAGGUUCGGAGGCGUUCGAGGUCCGGACACGUGUACCCGAGUAUGCCACGUGCUGGGAAUUAAACUUAUACUCUCGUCUACCAGGACCACUUCAGCUACCAUUUCCACAUUAGUUAAAACGGUAAGUUUACGUCGAAUGGAUUGUGACUAAAAGAUGGAAUUUGUGAAUAGGCUGUGAGAGAAGUUAAGUUUGCAUUUUCAAGGAAAAUUGAGUUAAACGAUAUAAAUAGUGAAUAGUGUUUUUGUGUCUCAAGUGAUAACUCGGCCUGAGGAUGUGGCUACAGAAUGUGUAACGUUGAAAAAUGUUCUUAUUUUAUUAUGCGUUAGAUGGAUAUUUUAAUAAGCAAAAGUACCCAAUUUUCCAUGAAUUAUUGUUGACAAUACUUAGCUUAUCUGUUUAGCUAUGGGAUCCAUCGCUGCACUGUGGUUAGAUCAUGCAGGGGGAUCGUGGAUUUGCAAAGACGUCCCGUCAUACGGAGAAAAAUUAUAUAUGACAUCAUGAAUGUGGCCCAUGCAGCAGGAUUUUGACGUCAACUGCAGAAGCGCAAAUAGCCACAAACGCAGUUGAAUAAGGCUACUGUACGGGCAUGCCGAGAUGCAUCACGAAGAAACACAUGGCAAAGUUGCUGAAUUAAAAUAUCUUGAACGGGUUCUUUUAGCGAAUGUCUGCCAGCGCAAAUUCGUCAGACGCUGCACAUGUUAGGGGCUCGGAAUCCACUCAACCGCUUUCUCACAACACGCAGGUUAUCAGCGUCGUAGAGAUUGGAAGCAGCAUCCAAACCUGAUGUCACAAGGCAGAAAGAGCCGCCGUCCCGUUAGAGAAUGACGUUUACUAGAUCUGUUGCAGUUGAGGACAAACCAUCGCCAUCGGAGAAAUUGGACGAUAAUUGCGAAAGCGAAUAGCAGAAAAUGCAACAUCAGUGAGGCGGAAAAACGUCAACUACUACAUUGCAGCUAAUUCAAGAGCAAGAGUGUCCACAAACAUGAAAAUCAUUCAUUCCUACAUUCUGUUUCCUCUUUUUUUGUACAUCCAUGUCGCAGGCUGUGACUCUGAGGCGCUGGUCACCACGUCCACCCACGCCCUAGUGCGCGUUUGCUGAUAGGAUUGGCAUACACACGCACACACUGCGCUGGUCGCGGUUCAAUGCCUAUAUAAACAGACGCCCCGCCCCGAUCUGAACAUCAACAUGCAAGCUCUCACUUCACUGCUCCUCCUCCUACUGCUCAGUAUCACUGCACUCGCCACAUCCUUCCAUCUUCGGCAAGAGGAUGAGGCGGAGUUAAUGGAUCUCGCCAAAUCGGCGUCAACUGACUUGCCGGACGAGGGCGCCGAGGAGGAGAAGGUGUUGGCACCUGCACGAAUUCCGGUGAAACCGAUAGUGCGAGGUGCCUGGGAGUUGGCGAAGAGGCAUGGACCGAGAAUUAUGAACGGUGCCAAGCGUGCCAUCGGUGCCGGUGUGCGAAAAGCGAAGGCGGUUGGUGGGAAGAUUGUGCGGGGUGCGAAGAGGGCGGGCAAGGCAGUGUGGGAGAGACUGAGCGUUCCGGUGGAAUGGCCCUUCGAUGAUGACGACGACUGA